AUGACUUCUUACGGUGCUGCGACUUGUAUUAAUGAAGUUUCUUUACAGCCUUUAGAUAAUCUGUCAGUGGUUGCUUUACCUGACCCUAAUUUAUUCUUUGCUCUAUUUUUACCCAACUAUGGUCUUCCGUGUGCUGAUUUACCCUCAACUCAAAGUCAUGAUCUAAUACUACAAUUCGAAACGUCUAAAAAUUCACCAAUUUGGUUAUCGAAACAUUUUCCUCUCGUAGAUUCUCAUCAAGUUUGUUUUUCUGAAAAAGAUCAUAUCUGUGACAUGAUUUGGGUAGGAACAAUCCCGUUAUCUUUGAUGAAAAAUAACUGGUCAUUACCGGUUCCUCCUUUUGACUAUCCACCAUGUAACGGGCACACUUCUGUCUUUGUGGAAUUCAUCGACCUUCUUUGUCUUGAGAAUGUUCAUAGUUAUAUCGCUAUGCACAGAACCGUUCCUUUUUUGGGUGCGACUCCUGACGAAUUACGUGUAGCCAUCAUUUUCUAUUUAACGGCUUUGCUUCCUCAGGAAGUUUUUCAAUUUUAUAAAUGGCCUGCUCAUGGAUUUGAACAUCUGACAAAGAUUUAUGCUGAAUUGCCAUUUGAGUUUUUAAAACCUGCAUUAGAAGCACAAACUUUUCCUUUUGCUGCUCCAAGUGAUCGUUUUCAAUUUACCAAGAAAGUAUUAGCACUUCGAAAAGCAAAUGCUAAGUUAUACGGUUGUGGAAAUAUGAACUCUUCAGUUCGUGAUGUUUUAUGUGAGACUGUCUAUUUAGCAUUUGGUGAUGAUUUAAGUGGAUCAGGAAUUGUAGUCGCAACUAGCUCUCCUUUAAAGAAAACCUCCGAUGAACAUUCUUCAUCAAAAAAGAUGGUUUAA